GGUCCCGUCCCUACGCCCGUCGUGACGGAAGCGCGUCGGGGUGACCUCACCCGUCCAACAUGGCGGCGGCGGUAGAUUAGGGCCGCGGGCCGAAGCAGCCGCCGCCUCUCCGGGACCCUGUGGGAAGCACCUGCCGCUGCCGCCGCCGCUUCUUUCUUCUCCAAGGGCAGGGGCCAGGGCCAGGUUUCAAACAUCUUUAAAUAGAUCCCUUGGGAUUUCUGCCAGCCAAUUCAAUGGCGUCCUCUACUACUGUGCCUCUAGGAUUUCACUAUGAAACAAAGUAUGUUGUCCUCAGCUACCUGGGACUCCUCUCUCAGGAGAAGCUGCAAGAGCAACCCAGUCCCUCACCCCAAGGGGUUCAACUAGAUGUAGCUUCACAAUCUCUGGAUCCAGAAGUUUUAUUAAAACUUAAAUCUGAAAUUGAAGAAGAACUGAAAUACCUGGACAAAGAAAUUUCUGAAGCCUUCACCAGCACAGGCUUUGACCGUCACACCUCACCAGUGUUCAGCCCUGCUAACCCUGAAAGCUCAAUAGAAGACUGCUUGGCCCAGCUUGGAGAAAGAGUGUCACAGGAACUGAAAGAGCCUUUACAUAAAGCCUUGCAAAUGCUCCUCAGCCAGCCAGUGACAUAUCAGACAUACCGUGAAUGUACAGUGGAGAUCGCAGUUCAUGCCAGCGGAUGGAAUAAGAUUUUGGUGCCUCUAAUUUUGCUUCAACAAGUGCUUCUGGAAUUGACAAGACGUGGUCAAGAGCCUUUGCGUGACCUGCUGCAGUUUGGAGUGAGGUAUCUGGAGGACUGUGCUGCCAACUACAUCAUUGAGCAAGGCGGCUGGGGCACUGUCUUCAGUCUUGAGUCUGAGGAGGAAGAAUACCCUGGCAUCAUUGCAGAAGAUAGCAAUGACAUUUACAUCCUGCCCAGUGACAACUCUGGGCAAGUCAGUCCCCCAGAGUCUCCAACUGUGACAACUUCUUGGCAGUCUGAGAGCUUGCCUGUGUCACUAUCUGCCAGCCAGAGUUGGCACACAGAAAGCCUCCCAGUAUCCCUUGGGCCUGAGUCCUGGCAGCAGAUUGCCAUGGACCCUGAAGAAGUCAAAAGCUUAGACAGCAACGGAGCUGGAGAGAAGAGUGAGAACAACUCUUCCAACUCUGACAUCGUGCAUGUGGAAAAGGAGGAGAUUCCAGAGGAGGUGGCCAGAGAGCCACAAGAGGUGUUCCCAGGAGCCGCCACGCCCUCACUUCCGCACAUCACUGCCACUUCUUUGUUGGAGACCAGGGAACCCACUGCAGAAAUGAUGGCUGCUGGGGAAGCCAGCCCGGCUCCAUCUCUGUUUGUGGAGCUUUCUGAGGAGGAGCUGGAAGCAGCAGUGGGGCCUGCUGCCAUGGUGGGGGGUGUGGGCGAGGCCACACAGCCGAGCGAGGCCUCGGGCAGGAAGGAGAGCCGUAUUGGGGAGGCCAGCCCUGUCGCAGCAGCAAAGGCUGCCCUGCCUGCCGAGGGCAAGGCCGUACUGCUGUUUGGAGGGGCGGCUGCUGUGGCCAUCCUGGCAGUGGCAGUUGGAGUUGCCCUGGCUCUAAGAAAGAAGUAACGGCUUUUCCCAGAAGAGAAAGGAGACAGAAUGGAUCUAAGGCUUUAGUUGUAUUAGCUGGAAUUUAAACUGCCAGCAGCUGACUGGACAUUUAUGGGACACUAGGAGAAUUGGGGCUUUUUUGCUCAGCAUGGCAAUGGCUUGAUUCACAAAUAAGGCUUGAGAUAGAGUUCACAUUGGCCUAAUUGGCAUUCUAAGGGCCUUGGCUAGAUUCAGAAUGGUAAGAGUGAGUCCCCAUCUAGAACAGGUUUGUCAACUUUGGCACUGUGGACAUCGCAGUAACUCUUUGUAGGAGGCUGCCCUGUGCAUUGUGUAGUGGUCAGUGACAUGCCUGGCUUCUACCCACUAAAUGCCAGUUGUACCCCACUCCCAACGAGGGCAGCCAAAAAAUGUCUCCAAAAUUGCCAAAUGUCCCGUGGGCCAAGUCAUCCCCUGUUGAGGGCCACUGCUUUAAAGGAUAGGGUUUGAUUAGGAGCACCUGGGGGACUCUGCAGCUGGGGACCGGCAGCAUUCAUCCUGUUGGAGUUUUCUUUCCAGGUGAACUUGCUGCUCCCUGCAGCUGCUUUUUUCUGGCUCCUGUCCUGUAGUGUGAGGUGCUCUCCCGCAUCCCACGAUUUCUCAGGUAUUGCACUGCAGCAUGUCUCCGGUGUCCUCUAGCCCCGUGGAAGAGGACUCGGCCUGUGCCUCUGCCACACCCAAUAAGCCCCUGAAGCUUCCCACAGCUCCAUCUUGCAAAGAUGCUGCCUUUAGGAAACUUCUAAAAUAAAUACCCAGGCCAGGUGUAAUGGUGCCCACCUGUAAUCCCAGCAUGUGGGAAGUGGAGACUAGUGGAUUGCCAGCCUGGUCUACAUACUGAGUUAUAGGCUAGCCAGAGCUAGAUGGGGAGACCUUGUCCCAAAAAGACAAACAUAAAAGUUAAAUAUGUUGAAGCUGUGUAAGAGACACAAUUUGCCAACCUUAUUGGCUAUAGACGUUGGUCUUAGAGUAGGAGGGUGGCUACAUGACCAAUCGAGGUCUCUUCAAGUUCUUACUAUCAGCAGCCACUUGCUUAUGGUGACUUGAUUCUGGUGGCACACUCACCAUCUUUGCCCUGGGUGAGUGUAUUUUUUCCAGUACUUGGCUUUGGAAUGGUCGUCAGCUUCUCUGUGGGUCUCUUGCCACAUGCUAAGAAAUGUCAUCCUUUGGCUUAUAGAACCAGUUGGAUUGUAACCCUUAUCAAAUGCAAUAUAAUUGAAAUGAAUGAUAAACAUCAUUUAAUUUUAGAUAUCACUGAAAUAAGAAAUGGGGGACAGAAACUUGAAUUUCAGGACCAAGCUGCUGCUGAGGUUCUUGUCUGGACUUCAGAGUUAAGAGACCUCUUGGCCUGAAUACUUGGCAGCCCAAACACCAGGGUAACAUCAGGAGACUGAACCCAAUAUGUAGCUAGUGGGACUCAGCAGAAUCUCCUUUCAUCUGGCUGAGCCCAUCCCCCAAGGAAGUGUGGGGUGUGUCCUCUCAGGCCCGAGGGCCACAGUGCCACCCUGCAAAGCACAUAGCUUGAUAAGAGGUCAUCUCAGAUUUAUCUCAGUCAUAUAAAAUUACUUCUUAGAUUCUGAAAUUUAUAAUAAAAGUACUUUUAACUACUCUGAUCACCAAGA